UCUGAAGACUGAAUAAUAAUUCGCAUCACAAUUCGUUUUAUUUCGGACAAUUUGUUUUGAACUCCGUCUGCUCCAACCUCGAGAAGAUACGUCGAGAAGAUGAACCAGUUAGUUUUGCUGACUUCGGUAUUGGUGGUCUGUUCUAUCGCAACAGACCCGAUCGUGAAUGAUUCCAAAAAUUAUUUGGUCAGACUUCGAAGGGCAGCAGAAGAGACUAAAGAGGAAGAGGAAGUUGUAAAUUAUUGUCCUACUGAUUAUCCCAACGUCUACUACAACGGACAGUACUGUUGUAAAUCCAACAUGGAGAAGUUCAACGAGGCUCAGGGUACCCAAUGUGACGGCAGUGUGAUUCAGAGAGACAGUUUGUGUUGCGCGGGAGACCAGGCCACGUCGUGCCCCGGUGAAAACUGUGUGAGCAGUGGUCACAAGUUUACAGAUGGUGCACGUAUAAGUCUGGGUUGCUGGAGGGACGCUCGAAAUCGAGCAAUCAGUGGCGGUAUGAGAUUCAUAGGAUCAAUUGAAAAAUGUGAAAAAUUUGCCAUAGAUAACAAUUUCAAGGUCUUUGCCGUUCAAAGUGGCGAACAAUGCUUUACUGCAGAAGAUGCUGGCCAGACUUACCAAAAAUAUGGCACAAUUUGUUGGUGCAAGGAUGGCAAGGGCGGUGGUUGGGCUAACGAUGUCUAUCAAGUUGGAGAAAGUCAAUCUAGAAAUGAUGACGGUAUAGUAGAAAAUCCUGUAAAAAAUGCCAAGUACAGCUUAAGCAAGGACUUGGAACCGGGAGAUUUUAUUGAUGUCCAUGGUACCUAUAAUUCUAGAACCGGAUAUUGUAGCUUAAGCAUCUUGGAUGGAAGUGACAACAUUCUAAUUCACAUCAACCUUAGAAUAAGCUCACAGCAAAUAAUCAUGAAUUCAAAAUUUGGUGGAUGGCAGUCGGAGGUGAAAUUUGGACUACCAAAGACAUUGCAACCAGACGAGUAUUUUGUCAUGAGAAUAGUUAUGAUGGACGGAUUUUACAAAAUAUUUGUCAAUGGAGUGAGUCUCUCACAAAUCUUCCCAUAUCGAGCACCGAUUUCUACAGCGAAAUACAUCAUACUCUUGGGUGAUAACAGUGGCUCCAAAUGGAACAAAUGUAUUUUACCACGAACGGAAAAAGCUGAACAAUAUAAGGAACUUAAAGCAUUUCAAUCAAGCAUUGAAGGACUAAAAGAGGUUAUUAUGAAGAAUGUAGUUGGAAAAAACCUUCUUGAAGUCAAAUCAUAUGCUAACUCAACGCAGGGAUCACUCGACGUCUUCCAAUGGUGGCUAAAGAAACAAAUCCUUGAAAAAGGCGGUGUUUUACAGUUUGGUGACGAGAAAGUUGACUGGAUUCUAACAAACAGAGAAGUGUUAGAAAUGUUUAUGACCUCAGGAGAUAUAGGAGGCAACAAAUAUCAACAGGCUCUGGAAAUACUAAGAGACCUGGUCCAAGAAGAUCCUGCCAUCAAAGAGGAAGCCCUGAGACUCAGACUCGCUGUUGCCACUGCCGUCGUCUUUUCAACACCAGUGGGUGGAUUCGGCUUUAAACGACUCAAAAUUGAUUGGAUGGCAAGGUACCAUACCUACAUGAGAUGGAGUCAAGAAGGUAUUUUGUACUCUCCAUUCUAUGAAGGAACUGCUUGGCAUCUCCGUUUUGUAGUUGCCUCACGAUCAAGAGAGGAAGAGCAUAUUUGGGCACGAGAAAACACUCCAGAGGGAUAUGAUAACCCAAACAAAAUAGGUGAUACAAACUUCAAAAUGAUAAACUACAAAUUGAACAACGAUGACGGAAUUUUUAUCGGCCUUCUCGAAUACUAUUACUAUAUUCCAAUAUGUCUGAAAGCAUGGCAUGAUAUUGGAGGCGUCUGUGGGUCAAUAUCAACAAUGUCUGCAGGGAUGUGCCACGCAUAUGGAGUACCAGCCACACCUGUAGGGCAGCCUCGUCACUGUGCUUAUGUAUGGUAUAGAGAUGGCAACUGGCAUCUAGGAAACGACAACUCUGGAUGGGGAACAACGAUAGGUCAACAAAACACCUGGAGGAGCGAAGCGUAUUUCAUUCGUGUGAUGAAUGAAGCUCAAAAGAAUCUGGAGGGUUACAGACUGUCUGAAAAAAUGAGAAUCAUCGGUCGGCUGGCAAAUCCUGAAGAUCGAUUUGAAAUAUUGGAGGAUGCUACAACAGAAUGCCCAUACAACUUCGCUGUGUGGCUUGAUCUGGAAGGUGCAAUAAACGAACCGAAUCUGCAGAAACAAACAGUACAAAAUGCACUGUUACCAACCGUUUUGAAACAGCGGGAAGAAGAAGCACAGGUUUCGGACAUUGCCAAGGAAAAAAAUGCAACAUCACAGUGCUUUGGGGCUGAUGGUAUGAAAAGCCUAUUAGAACAAAGGGGCGCCGCUUCCUGUGAUACACAAAUUGCUGAUUUUGAAAUAGAUUUUGGGAAGCCUUCUACAAUAAAGGAGAUUAAGAUUCAUUGGAUUGGGUGGAGCAUGGCAGUUGUGUAUGAUGUAUUUGCUCUGGGCGAAGAUGGUAACUACGUUCUGGUGAGAACACACAACGAUCAUAGACUCGUGGGAUGGUACAACAUGUGGACAUAUCUUGAUGGAUGGGACAUGAAGACUACCAAAAUAAAAUUUGAACUUAAAAAAGGGGCAGGAAGAGAAAAGCAUCCCUAUGCCAUCUGGCGCUUUAUUGUCAUGGGAGUUUGCCACGAUUUUCCUGGUGACGUGUCGAAGGGUAAGCCGGUAAAAGCAAAUCCUGGUAGUUCAGAUCCUGUUACUCUAGUGGAUGGUAAUAACUCUACCUUAUGGAACGGAAACAGUGAGACUAGCUGGUUUGAGAUUAAUCUCAAGAGAAUUUGCGCUCUAGAUGACAUAGAAUUCUUUUGGGUUGAUGGUGCGAAACCAGAAAAUGUUAAAGUCACAUACAAAGUGGGGAGUGGCCAAGAAGCUCAAAAAUUGGGGGAGGAUCCUUUUAAAAAGGUACCUCUAUCUAUGGACUGUGGCACAACAGUGAGAGUGGAAAUGUUUGGUGGUAACGCAGCACUGAAAGGAGUCAAAGCUUGUGGAGUCUCAUACAAUGUAAAAGAAGUUCUAAAAGCAAAGGUCCGAGAAGCCUACAGUCUAAAAAAAGACUUGUACUACGUCAGAAUGCACCUGGAUAAGUCCAUCAACAACAUGACGUACGAGGAUUAAAAAAGAAGCACACUAUUUAGAAAAAAACCGUACUAGCAUUUUUGUUUUCGGGUAAAAACUUUUAAAAUAUAAAGCUUAAAGUUAUUUUUAUUAUUUUAAAUUUCUUGAUCA